AUGACCAAUAAAGACCGUUACUGGCCAGCGUUACUGGCCGUGAAUAUCUAUUUCCGUCUGUUCAUAUUUUCUCUCUCUCUCUCAGUCUUUUCAUAUCUAUCUAUCUAUCUAUCUAUCUAUCUAUCUAUCUAUCUAUCUUUCUCAUAUCUAUCUAUCUAUCUAUCUAUCUAUCUAUCUAUCUAUCUAUCUAUCUAUCUAUCCAUGUCAUAUCUUCAUCUUGAAUCUGUCAAUCCAUACAUCUAUCUAUCUCUGUUUCUUGUGUGUACUUUCUUUUAUUAUCUAUGUAUCAAUCUACCUACCAAUGCAUCUCGAUCUAUUCCUCAUCUUCCCCACCCUCUUUAUCUAUCUCAAUCUCUUCUAAUCUAUCUAUCUAUCUAUCUAUCUAUCUAUCUAUCUAUCUAUCUAUCUAACUUCAUACCAUUCCAAGACUACUUGCGCAAAAGAUUUCCUUUUCCGUCUUUGUUGGUCUUUAAUUUUUUUUGUUUUCUUUGUCUUUCAUUUACUUUAAUUGUUUAUUUCUUCUUUCCUUUCUUUUUCUUUUUUCCUAAUUUUAUCCCUAUUUACUCUUGUAUCUUUCUUUCUUUCUUUCUUACUUUUCCGCUUUUCUAUUUAUAUUUUUAA